AUGAACGUGAUAGCGACGAAUGAUAUGGAUGAGAUCUAUGAGGAUCCUGAGUAUGGUGAAAUGGGAGAAUUGGAGAAGUUAUCGACUAAGGUUGAUGAGAGUGAGGACACGGAUGAUACGGCAGCAAGUGUGGAGGCAGCAGUGAAGCAGAAAGAGGAGAUAGUCGCUAUGGAGGCAGCAGCAGUGAAUGGUGGCGAUAGAGAUGGUGUCAACACUUUUGCAGCAGCGAUUGUGGUUGAAGUCGAAGCAGUAAAUGCGAAGUGUGUGGGAGUCGAAGCUGUGAAAGGGGACAUCAUGGUGAAGGGAUCAAAGGUGAAAGCAACUGCAAAGGGGCGAGUGCUUACGAAAGAGGAACAUGUUGAAGGGUACGAGACCCGAGAGGUGUUGAGUGUUGAGAUGCCGAGGAGCAGCGAGAGGAUCAAGAAAAUCUCUCAAGGUUUGGAUGUCAAGGCGCUCAACUUCAAGACACGUAAGCAGAGGCUCAAGGUGCAGGAGCUGCAGGGGAGCCCCCCAUCUCCGCCUGUUUCCGCGCUUCCUCCCGUCCCCUCCCCCCGCUUCCCCCGCUCCCCCCGCUCCCCCCCCUCCGCCUCUUCCGGCAGAGCGCGGAGCCAAAAUGGCCUGAAAUCCCCCUCCGCUUUCCCCCCCGCUUCCCCCCACCCCGCCUUCCCCGCUUCCCCCCGCCGUCCCCCCCGCUCGGGUGUACUCUGCGCCUUCCCGUCCGCCAGCGCCUGCGCCGCCACUGCUGUUUCCGCCCCCCCUUCCCCUUCCGCCUACCUGAGCGUCCCCCCCCGCGCGUUCCCCCGCCGCCUGGAGUCUCCGCUGCGCCAGUCUCUGCGCAAAGCGCGAGGCCCUUCCGACAAGGUCGUCUAG